AUGGCUGGAUUUUUUUCAAGAUGGAUCUUGCUGAGUCUUCCUGCUCAGACCUCAAGGAUCAAAUUGUUCUCCAGCUUGGGGAGAGGUGUGCAGCCUUGUGCAGGGAGCAGGCUUUGCAGUCCGGGCGGGAGAUGCGUAGUGAGGAGGUCAUCACUGGAUACCAAAGUGUUGGCUUUGCAGUUCAACGGAGUGGUUAUUGGGUAUUGGGCUGAGCCACCCAGCAUUCGGAUCGUCGGACUCUAUGCCUUCUUCGUGUCGCUCUCGGAGGAUGCGCGCAGUCCCAAAGACAAGAAAACACCCUGGAUGGCCAACGUCUACUUUGAUAGAGCUGUGUAUGUCCAGGCUGUCGUGCUAGAUCUCAGGUUUGUAGCCUUGACUGCAAAUCGAGGCGAGCCAGAGCUCUGA